AUGAUUUUUAACGAUAUUGGCUGUUUACGACAUGAACAAGUGAUGUUUGUAGCUACUGUCCUAAAUGGUAUCGACAGUAAUGGAGAAAUUCCUUUUUAUGGAAAUAACUCCUGUGGUUGGAAAAUAUUAAAUUUACCCUUAGAGUGUAACAUAUCUUUCUUGUAUUCACGUUGUAAGAUUCCUGUGAACUGCUACCAUCAAUCUAGUGUUGAUGAAAUCAGUAGGUGUCCAGAAGUUUACUAUCAAAAGAAUACAAAGACAAAGUGUUAUCAAUUAACUGGGACAUACAUUUUGUUUUCUAAAGAAAACUAG